UUGCCUCUAUUAUUCCUUCUCACAUUCUUCGUUUUUAAUUUUAAAGCCUCCAACAAAGACUCUGUCUUUUUCUCUUUUUGUCUACAGUUUUUUUUAAUUUUUUAUCUUUUUGAAGUGGUUUGUGACUUUUGUCAGCUCUGGAGUCGUGACUCUUCAAAGGAUAAUUAAAACAUCGAAAUCAUAGGAAAAAAUCGCCAUGUCUUGGCUGUUCACUUGCUGAUCAUCUUUUCAUAAGUGAACCUGCAGAAUUUUUCCACUGCAAGAUGUUCUCAUUGCCUGAAUACCUAAAGAAACCAAAGCAUGGCUCAUAAAGGUGAUUUAGUUGCCAUUGGCAUCUCUGUUGGCUUGGCCCUUGGUAUCUUGUUAGCUUCACUGGUAUUUUUUGGAUUAAGGUGGUACAAAAAGCGUGCAAACCUCAGACGGUCUUCAAAUGAGCGUAGUGUUACAGUUCUCCCUAUAAGAACAAAUGGGUUGGGUACAAGCACUGACUUCAGUGCAUCUCUCUCGAAUUCUAUAGCCGUUCAGGGACCAGAAUAUCAUCAGAAAAGUUCUCCAAAUUCUUGGUGGAGUCUUCAUAGUAAAGUUCGCUUUGCUUGUGCAUCGGGCUUGCCGAAGUAUUCCUAUAAGGAUGUGCAGAAAGCUACACAAACUUUUACAACUAUUUUAGGAGAAGGAUCAUUUGGUCCAGUCUAUAAAGCCACAAUGCCUACUGGUGGAGUAGCGGCUGUAAAGGUGCUUGCUUCCAAUUCUCAUCAGGGGGAGAAAGAGUUCCACACAGAGGUUUGUCUACUAGGAAGGCUGCAUCAUAGAAAUCUGGUGAACUUGGUAGGAUAUUGCGUCGAUAAAGGGCAGCGCAUGUUAAUUUAUGAGUUCAUGAGUAAUGGGAGCUUGGCAAACAUUCUAUAUAGUGAAGGACAGAGUUUGAGUUGGGAAGAAAGACUUCAAAUUGCUCUUGAUAUUUCACACGGCAUAGAAUAUCUUCAUGAAGGGGCAGUCCCUCCAGUGAUACACCGUGAUUUAAAGUCUGCUAAUAUAUUAUUGGACCAGUCAAUGAGAGCCAAGGUUGCUGAUUUUGGGCUGUCAAAGGAAGAGGUUUACGACGGCCGAAACUCUGGUCUUAAAGGUACAUAUGGCUACAUAGAUCCCGAGUACAUAUCCACGAACAAGUUCACAAUGAAGAGUGACAUAUACAGUUUUGGCGUUAUCAUAUUUGAGCUAAUUACAGCCAUCCACCCACACCAAAACUUAAUGGAAUAUGUUAAUCUUGCCACUAUGAGUCCAGAUGGCGUUGAUGAAAUACUUGAUAGCCAACUGGUUGGAAAAUGCAAGAUUGAAGAAGUGAGGGAGCUAGCCAAAGUUGCUCAUAAAUGCCUGCACAAAUCACUAAGAAAGCGGCCUUCGAUAGGUGAAGUAACACAGGCCAUACUCAAGAUAAAACAGAGGCGCCUUGCUAAAGAAGACACAAUGUCUUUGGCUGAAGGAGAUUUUUCACGAAUUAUGAGUCGGAUACAGGAUCAACAUAUAGAACUGACCAAGCUGGCCAGCGUGAAGGAGACUAGUUGAAUGACCAUGACUGCAUUUUUCACCUGCUUUUUGUUUCUUUUUCCUUCCUUUUUGUUUUUGUUCUUUGCCCCACAAUCAAGCGUAUGGCAAGUGAUACUGUUGAUAGCAUACAAGAGAGCAAGUACAGAGAGAUGGUGUCCACUAAAUUAGUGCUUUAGGAUUACAAACCCCUCAUGAUCUAGUACAGUAGUUAUAAAAACUUCUUAAUCUCCACUUCUCGCUGCCAUGGACUUCGAUUGCCAACAUCAAUGAAUUCUAACCAAAAAACAAUAGAUAGUGGGCAAUUGGGCUGUUUACCAAAUGAUAGAUUAUGCCUGGAACAAAGGGAUUGACUACUUAA